AUGGAGACGAUCCGCGGUCUCCUGUGGAAGCCCACCCCAGAGGAGCAGAAGCGCAAAUGCAACGCCCUCGUGCGCCAGAACGUGCGCAAACUCGACCGCGACAUCCAACAGCUCAAAGCCACCGAGCAAAAAACUAAAACACUCAUCCAGCAGUCUUCAAAACGCGCCCAGCGAAACCCUUCCAUGGCCAAGCAAGCCAACCAGGACGUCCGUAUAUUCGCGCGUGAACUGAUCCGCGUCCGGAAACAGAACGGCAGACUUAUGACCUCCAAAGCGCAGCUGCAGUCCGUCCAGAUGCAGGUCAACGAGGCCUUCUCCGUCCGCAAAAUCGAGGGAAGCAUCAAGGCGAGCACAGGAAUCAUGAAGGAUGUCAGAGUAGCUGUGGUACGCUUACCCGAGCUGACGGGCACCAUGCGCGAAUUGAGCUCUGAGCUCAUGCGCGCGGGCAUCAUUGAGGAAAUGGUGGAUGACACGCUCAUGGACAAUGAGAUGCUCGAAGGCGAAGCCGAGGAGGCAGACGAGGAGGUGGACAAGGUACUGAGCGAGGUACUCAAGGACAGGUUGCCGCCUAGCAAGGCCAAGGAGGACGAGUUGCCGGCACCGCCGCAGGCCGAAGAGGAAGAAGAAGAGGAUCAAGCCGAGAUGCUCGCUCAAAUGCGGGGAAGGUUAGAGGCUUUGAAGAGUUGA